AUAAAAAGGGUAAGAGGGUGAAACUGAGAGUGAGAGGAGUUGGUGGGGUAUAUUAUACAGAGGUGUUAAAAUUUGGUAGAAAAAAUGAGCUGAAAUUGUGGCAUAAAAAAGAAUAGCUGGCAAAUACAACAUGCAGGCCCAGCCAUAUUCAAUUUCUUUCCCCUUUCUCUAACACACUCAACACGCUUUUUCCUUCCGUCUCCUCUCUCUCCUGUUUCUUGUUGAACAUGCACCAAGCUCCCAACUUUAACGAAUUACAGUACCAUUUGCACAUGAAUCAUUAGGGUUUAUCCUCCAAGAAACACCACAAAGUUGAAGUGAACGGCAAUGAGUGCCUCAAGGUUCAUAAAGUGUGUCACUGUAGGUGAUGGGGCUGUGGGCAAGACUUGUAUGCUAAUCUCCUACACCAGCAACACUUUCCCUACGGACUAUGUGCCUACUGUCUUUGACAACUUCAGUGCAAAUGUGGUUGUGGAUGGGAGCACUGUGAAUCUGGGGUUGUGGGAUACUGCUGGUCAAGAAGAUUACAAUAGAUUAAGACCCUUGAGCUAUCGUGGAGCAGAUGUAUUCCUGCUUGCUUUCUCUCUCAUAAGCAGGGCCAGCUAUGAAAAUGUUGCCAAGAAAUGGAUUCCUGAGUUGAGGCAUUAUGCUCCUGGUGUUCCAAUUAUUCUUGUUGGAACAAAACUUGAUCUUCGGGAUGAUAAGCAGUUCUUUCAAGACCAUCCUGGUGCAGUGCCUAUCACCACAGCUCAGGGUGAGGAACUGAGAAAAAUUAUUGGUGCUCCAGUUUACAUUGAAUGUAGUUCAAAAACACAGCAGAAUGUGAAGGCUGUUUUUGAUGCGGCUAUCAAAGUAGUUCUCCAGCCCCCAAAGCAGAAGAAAAAGAAGAGAAAGGGGCAAAAGGCCUGUUCCAUUUUGUGAUCUUCAGUUCUUCGUGUUGUAGUUCAUGGAGGAUGACAUGACUGUAGCCAUUUCAUAGUAGUCUUUGCAAUUCUAUAUCUUAUACUAUUUCCAACCUAGACAACGGAAUCACCAUGUCCAGCUGACCACCUCGAAGUUCACUCAGAAGCAUCAAGCUAUUUGUCUAAUUGUCUCUGGCUGUAGGAUCUGUAAAGUCAUAAUUUCAUUAUGUUUGGUGUGCACACAACACUUGCGUUUGUCUGGGCUGUUUACCUGCUGUUUUGAUUAUUAAAUGAUCAUUUCCAUCUAUGGACAGGGUUCUAUUCAUGUUGUAAUCUAAUCUAGGAAGUGUUUGCCCAUGUGGCUUUGGAUGUGAACUAAGUAUAUGUAAUUAUGUUAGCUACUUAACAGCUUUGAUAUAGUUGGUUUGAUUAAAGUUU